UGAGUGAUCACAGGCACCUUUAUGUGUCAUGGAUCACGUGGUUUAAGGUCGCUGGACUGAAACAAGUAUUUGAAAAGCAGGAAGAAGCACAAACAAAAAAGGGACGAGCCAGAAAUAGUCUGAGGACGGUUUCCAUCGCGUGUCUCAUUCAAACAGACUUGGAGAGUCUGACUGACUGAGCUUUCUUUAAGACCAGCCUGACGCCCCUCACCUCCUCCAUCCCCAGAACAGCACAACUACGCCGCCCAAAGAAUGGAUAUUUUAAUCUCUGUCCCGUCAUCAGCAGACAUCUGUUCCCAGAACCUUCAACCCGAGCCGCUUCCUUUACUGGAUCUGCAGCUGUGUUGGAAGGAAGCGACAAAAUAAAUUGCGUCCAUAUGAGCCGAGUGAUCGCGUGCGAGUCCCCCAGCGUGUCGGAGGCUGAGGUGAUGGAGCCUGCCAGGGCCGCCGGCUUCCUGCAGUCAUCCUGCGCUGCAGAGCAAAGGAGCGCCUCUCUGGACGACAUCGACGCGGCAAAUGAGUCAUCGGAGGAGGAGUCCACAGGGGAAAGGGAAGAGGUCGGUGCCUGCAAAGAAGCCGCCAGCAGCACCACGGCCACAGAGGUCUCUGCUGAACCCAGCCCAGACACACAAACAGCGCCCCCCCAGCGCCCCAGCUCGCUGUGUGUGGCGCCGGCGCCAGAGCCCGGCCUGUGGACCACGCGGGGCGACGCGGAGGUGAGGCUGAGGAUGGGGGACUCGGGCCUGGCCGCCGAGACGCCCCUGACCGUCGACCAGAUGUUCCGCUCCGCCGUGGAGCGAUUCGGCGGCCGCACGGCUCUGGGCUGGAAGGAGGGCGAUCAGCUGAAGACGCUCAACUACAAGGACUACUACCAGGCCUGCCGCAGCGCUGCCAAGAGCUUCCUCAAGCUCGGCUUGCAGCGCUACCACGGCGUGGGCAUCCUGGGCUUCAACUCCGUGGAGUGGUUCAUCUCUGACAUCGGGGCCAUCUUGGCUGGCGGCUUUGCUGUGGGCAUCUACACCACCAACUCCCCUGAGGCCUGUCAGUACGUCGCAGAGAACUGCAAGGCCAACAUCAUCGUGGUGGAGAACCACAAACAGCUGCAGAAAAUCCUUCAGGUUGAAGACAAGCUUCCUCAUUUGAAAGCCAUUAUUCAGUACAAAGAUGCACUAAAGGAGAAGAGACCAAAUCUGUACAGUUGGGCAGAGUUCAUGGAGCUCGGCCGCGACGAGCCCGACGCCGCUCUGGACGAGGUCGUCUCCAGCCAGAAGCCCAACCAAUGCUGCACGCUCAUCUACACCUCAGGGACCACGGGGCAGCCCAAAGGAGUCAUGCUGAGCCACGACAACCUCACCUGGACGGCGCUCUCCACCAGCCGCCACGUGCGCCUCACGGACGCCACCGAGUCCCAGGAGGUGGUGGUCAGCUACCUGCCCCUGAGCCACGUCGCCGCCCAGAUGGUCGACAUCUGGGUCACCAUGAGGGUUGGAGGCGCCACGUACUUCGCGCAGCCGGACGCGCUCAAAGGCUCGCUGGUCAACACCUUGAAGGAGGUGCGUCCCACCGCCUUCAUGGGGGUGCCGCGGGUUUGGGAGAAGAUGCAGGAGAAGAUGAAAUCCGUUGGCGCCAAGUCGUCCACGGUGCGCAGGAAGGUGGCGGCCUGGGCCAAAGACGUGGGUCUGCAGACGAACCUCAACAAGAUGAGCCAAAAUGGAGCAGCCAAUCACACGCCGCUCAGCUAUCACAUCGCCAAAAAGCUGGUCUUCAAAAAGGUGCGCAAAGCGCUGGGCCUGGACCGCUGCACCAGGUGCUACACGGGCGCCGCGCCCAUCACCAAAGACACCCUGGAGUUCUUCCUCAGCCUGGACGUGCCGCUCUACGAGCUCUACGGCAUGAGCGAGAGCACGGGGCCUCACACCAUCUCCCUCCCCGACGCCUACAAGCUCACGAGCUGCGGCGUGGAGCUGCCGGGGUGCAGGACCAAGCUGCACAACAAGGACGAGGAGGGAAACGGCGAGAUCUGCUUCUGGGGUCGGCACGUCUUCAUGGGUUACCUCAACAUGCCUGAGAAGACGGAGGAGGCGCUGGACGCGGAGGGAUGGCUGCACUCGGGUGACCUGGGCAAACACGACCACCAAGGGUUCCUCUUCAUCACAGGAAGAAUCAAAGAGCUCAUCAUCACAGCAGGAGGCGAGAACAUCCCUCCUGUUCCUAUUGAGGAUGCUGUGAAAGAGGCUGUGCCGCUCAUAAGCAACGCGAUGCUGGUCGGAGACAAGAGAAAGUUUCUGACCAUGCUGCUCACUGUCAAGUGCCAGGUUAACCCUGAUUCAGGCGAGCCGCUAGACGAGCUGUCUCCAGAAGCUGUGGAGCUGUGCCGGAAGCUGGGCAGCAGUGCAACGCGCGUGUCUGACGUCGCCGGGGGCCGAGACCGGGCGGUCAACGCCGCCAUCCAGGAGGGAAUCAACCGGGUCAAUGAGAGGGCAACCUCCAACGCUCAGCGCAUACAGAAGUGGGUCAUUCUGGAUCGGGACUUCUCCAUCAGCGGAGGAGAGCUGGGUCCUACCAUGAAGCUGAAGCGUCCAGUGGUGCUGAAGAUGUACGGAGAGCAGAUCGAUAACUUCUACAGGGAGCUGGCGACACCCACGACUCCUGACAAUCCACUUCCUCCAAAAUAGAUCAGCGCCUCCACGGGGAGGUCCAGACUGUCUGUUAGCAGGCGGACGCGCGCCACCUCCACCAGCCGCCCCCCAGUUUUCCUGUUCUUUGAUUGAUCCUGUACUUUGGUUGCCUUAAGUUGUGCUUGUUCUGUCUUGGUUUACAUUUUUGGCUCAAGAAUUGAGCUGAAGCCAAUGUGAAAAGCUUUGACUUUAGAGAUUCCAACUAAACUCAGCUAUUUAUUCGUUUCACAUCUGAGAGGUGAGGUGCAGUAGCAGCUGUAGAGGUGGAGAGGCGUUUGUCGUAGUACUUGAGAUGAAGAUGUAGUACAUAGGAUAUUUCAACAGCAUAAUAAAUGUUUUUAUUUAUUUCCAGUUUGCCAAAGUCUGCAUGGGCCAAAUGAGCUUCACUGAGGAUUCGCAGCAAAUUCAGCAAACGUAUCAAAUGUUUACAGGCUUUUUAAGCGCGUCGGGCUUCUUUUUGUCCUUCUCAGCCUGAAUUUGAAGGAAACAACCCUUUUUUAGUCUCCAUGUUUAUAAAGUCGGGAGCAGUUUCAAACAUGUAUGUCAUGUGUAAACAUUCUCAUUUUCUUUGCUGUAAAAACGUCAUAAAGCCAUAUAUUUAGUUGGUUCACGUUCAGGUUUUGUCUCUUGUUCAUCGAAUACUGUAAAAAUAUCCUGCCCUUUUUUCUUUUUUCAGACCAGACGUUCAUGGUUAUGGUUUUUACUUACACGUAAACAAAGGCUUAAUCAGGUGUCAGUUAAAGGAUUAUAGUAAAAGCUCAAAUGUAUGAGCUGCCCUGUUCUUAUUGUUGCCUUAUGCAUGAAAUAUAAAGACAUCAGGUUUGUUUCAUAGAGCGACUCCAUGAAGACACGUGAGAAGGGUUGGAAAACGCAGGCAGAGGUUUUUGCACUCCAAAGAGCUGAUUAAUGUAUUGUAUAUAAAACAGCUGUAUAUAAGCUUAUUCCAUGUAUUUGAUGCCAUGGCAGUUUAAAAUGAAGCUGAGGUUUGUGGUAGAAAAGUUACAGUUAAAUAAGGAAAUGACGGUGAUUCGGUGCCAUCGUUGAUUCCCUACGACUGAGGCCGUUCAGUGUAAAAUGAAGAGCUCAGUAAAAGGUCGGACAGGAAACUGGAUUCACCUGAACCUGAAGCGUUGUUACUGUUCAUAUCAGGUCACAAAGGGCGAAAUGUUGGACGCUGCAGUUUUUGUCUUCAGAAAUGUGAAUGUUUGUGUGAGGAAUAAAACGUCAUCAAGUGUCGA